AUGUCGUCUAACGUUGAUUCUACCGUCGUAGUAGCAGAAGAUGCCGUCCCGGAGGAGAAGCCACCGCCGCCGGUGAGGAGAUUUCCACCGCCGUGUUGGACCCAAGAAGAGACUUUAGCUCUUAUUGAAGCCUACCGUGAACGAUGGUACGCGCUCCGCCGCGGGUACCUACGGACGGCGGAUUGGGAUGCGGUGGCAGCUACCGUGACCAGCCGCUGCCCAGAUGCUUCUCCGGCGAAAACAUCAGCUCAGUGCCGACACAAAAUGGAAAAACUCCGGCAACGCUACCGUGCUGAGAAACAGAGAUCCCUUUCCUGUCCUACCGGUAGGUUUUUCUCAUCUUGGUUCUUCUUUGAUAACAUGGACGCCAUGGAAAAUGGUACUACUGUUGCAGCAAUCAGAUCUAAUAAUCAACAAAUCGCCGAGAAACAACAAGCGGUUACUGCUGUUUCUGGUGAUGGGUAUGCUUUAAAAACAAUGAUGGAUCAGAAUUUUUUGAAAUUGAAGAUCAAUCAAAAGAAUGGUAUAGAUUCACCCCCAAAUUUCAUGUUUAAUCAUGCUUUAGCUGCGACAAAAUCCGAAAAGAUAAACUUUGCUACUAGGAUUCCAAAUGGGUAUUGUUCAUACAUGGAUAUGGGAUCUAACAAACAAGAACCUCCACAUGAUGUUGAGUUUUCAAGUGGGUAUAGGAUGAAAAAUGGAAUUUCAAUGAAAGCGAAGCGAACAGGGAGGAUUAUUGGAGAUGUAAAUGGAUUUGAUCGAGGUGGGGGGAAUUUUGUAAUGAAUCCUAAUUUUGAUUGUGAUGAAGGAAGUGAAUAUAAUGGAAGUAAUGCUAGUGAUGGUUUCCAUAUUAGGAAUAUGGGUGUUUCCAGCUCAAGAAGAAGUUAUAAUAGCGGGAAUGUUGAACAACAACCCAAUCUUGAUUCUAGGUUCAGUCCUGGUUUGUCGAAAUUCGGGAAGAAGGGAGGAGGUGGUGGUGGUUUAGGGAUGAAGAGGGGGAGGGAUCCGGUGGAAGAGAUGGUUUUAUCGAUUAAGUUAUUAGGCGAAGGGUUCAUGAAAAUGGAGAAAAUGAAGAUGGAAAUGGCAAAGGAAGUAGAGCAAAUGAGAAUGGAGAUGGAGAUGAAACGUAACGAGAUGAUACUCGAAUCACAGAAGCAGAUUGUGGAAGCAUUCGUGAAGGUCUUAGGCGAGGUUCACAAGAACAAGAAUGCAAAGCCUGAAUCAUAG